GACAAUCUCUGAGCUAAGUUUGUGAAGUCAGCUCGAAGCCUCAUCAUGAAACUGUUCAUCGCUCUGUCCGUGCUCGUUGCCGUUGCUUCGGCCCUCCCUCAAUUUGGUAGAGGUGGGUCAAGUGCCAGCGCCAGCGCAAAUGCCAAUGCACAAUCAUUCGGCGGUAAUCGCGGUGGCGGAUUCGGUGGUCCCGGAUUCGGUGGACGUCCCGGCGGAUUCGGCGGUGGUCCUGGAUUUGGCGGUGGAUUCGGCGGUGGUCCUGGAUUUGGCGGUGGAUUCGGGGGUGGUCCCGGCGGAUUCGGUGGACGUCCCGGCGGAUUCGGUGGACGUCCCGGCGGAUUCGGCGGAUUCGGCGGUCCCGGGCUCGGCGGUGGAUUCGGUGGCGGCAGUGGUUUCGGAGGUCCCGGUGGCUUCGGCGGACCAGGUGGUUUCGGAGGUCCUGGUGGUGGUAGCUCCAGUGCGAAUGCCAAUGCUGAUGCCAGUGCCACUUCCACUGGUGGCGGUGGUCGUUUUGGUGGUGCCGGUGGUGCCAGUGCCAGUGCCACCUCUACGGCCAAUGCCAAUUCCAACGGCUUCGGCGGCGGCGAUGCCAACGCUUCCUCCUCCUCCAACGCCUCGGCCAAGGGCGGCGGCCUCGCCAGUGCCUCAUCCAGCUCCUCUGCCAAUGCCCGCGGUUGAGCCUCAACCAAACGACAUCCUCAGAGCCCUGCCGAAUUGAACAGAUUUUUUAAAGUGAUUUAGUCUAUUUAUAUUUAUGAAAUAAAUAUACAUGAAAAGAAGAAAA